GCCUGUAAUUUCGAACAAUAAAAAUAUCUUACAAUUCAGAGGCUGGUGGGGUGCGUCAGAAAGGAGGUUAGAUGGUUUAUUUUGAACUCGAGGUGAUCGUUACAAAGGUUUGGUAAAAAAAUAAUCAUACCUUAAAAACAAUAUUGCCUCGAGUUCAAAUCGGCCUUCAAGAUCACUCAGGAACUAGGUGAGAUUCACUGUCUACCUAAAAUUCCCGUUCGAAUGAAUGUCUUUUUCGGAAAAAUCUGUUCAGUAUAGAGUAUAUAAGUGUUGGUUUUUAUUCUUUUGGGAUGAUUUGCUACUCUGAGUACAGAAUACUGUUGCGAUUUAAAUCUCCACUCAAAUGAAACAUUUUUUGAAUAAAAUUUGUGGAUUAGACUGCGUUAUUGUACACAUUUGUGUAUUUGUAAACCAAUCUGCUAAUUAAACAUCAAGUUAAAUUCCAGGGAGAAAAGAUGUUGGGAGCUUUGCGGAAAAAAUCUGCAAUUAACUUGUUAAAUCUCAUUUCUUCAGUGAGACAUGGUCUGGGGUCAGAGGGGGUGGUGCCUCUGGUAUCCACACAACUAAAAAGUCUAUCUACUGCGGCUAAAGAGAUGACGGUGCGGGAUGCGCUUAACUCAGCUCUUGAGGAAGAAAUGUCUGCAGAUCCAAAAGUAUUUUUAAUGGGAGAAGAGGUCGGUGAAUACCAAGGAGCUUAUAAGAUUUCUAAAGGCCUUCUGCAAAAGUUUGGACCUGACAGGGUUCUUGAUACUCCAAUCACUGAGGCUGGUUUUACUGGCAUUGGUGUCGGUGCAGCAUAUUAUGGACUGAAACCCAUUGUGGAGUUUAUGACAUUCAAUUUUGCUAUGCAGGCUAUUGAUCACAUCAUAAAUUCUGCAGCCAAGUCAAAUUAUAUGUCUGCAGGCCAAAUCUCUGUGCCCAUUGUUUUCCGAGGACCAAAUGGAGCUGCUGCUGGAGUUGGUGCUCAGCACUCUCAGUGUUAUGCUGCAUGGUAUGGUUCCUGCCCAGGACUAAAAGUUUUGGUUCCCUAUUCAUCAGAAGAUGCUCGUGGAUUGCUGAAAGCUGCCAUCCGUGACCCAGAUCCUGUUAUAUUUCUUGAAAAUGAAUUGCUGUAUGGCGAAUCUUUUCCAGUCUCAGCAGAAUCUCUUGAUUCUAGCUUCUGUCUUCCAAUUGGGAAAGCAAAGGUUGAGAAAGAAGGCAAGGAUGUGACAAUCACAGCUUUUUCAAAAAUGGUUGGCUAUGCUUUGCAGGCUGCACAAGAACUUGCAAAAGAAGGAAUCAGUGCUGAGGUUAUAAAUCUUCGUUCAAUUCGACCUUUGGAUAGAGCUACAAUCAAUGCUUCUGUUAGGAAAACGAAUCGGUUAGUGACUGUUGAAGAAGGUUUUCCACAACAUGGCAUUGGUGCAGAAAUUUGUACUUCUGUGAUUGAGGAAAGCUUUGAAUAUCUGGAUGCACCUGUGGAAAGAAUUGCGGGGGCUGAUGUUCCUAUGCCUUAUGCCGCAAAUUUGGAGCGCUUAGCAGUUCCACAGGUAGAAGACAUCAUUCGUGCUGCAAAAAGGGCUUGCUACAGAGAAGUUUCAAUGAGUGCAACUGCCUAGUGUAAAUUUUAUUUCAUUUUUUCUUUUAAAAUGAAAUAAAAUUUGCUCUAUGUUAACGAGGCCUAAUGAUGCGUUCAGGUUUAUCCUAAUAUAUAUAGGGCAUGGUUAUUUUGAACUUUCUUUUGGUUAAGAGGAUUGUUUCCAUCUGUGUUGGGCCUGCAAUUUUUAAUGCUGGAAAGGUUUGUUUUUCCACUGUCAGAGUAUGUAUCUCUCACUGUUAGUUACUGGUCAGUUGGAAGGGAAAUGAUCCUCGCUUGUAUUGAAAUUAAUUUCAAUAAACUGCUAUCAUCUGCCGCCCAUCAAUUUUAACCAAAACUUUGGUGUCAUUUUGUCUGGAGCCAAUAUGAGCCAUAACAUCAAAUGCUGUAACACCAGUUUUUAUUUUUGAAUAAUAAUGAUUUGUUAAAUGCCAAGAAACAUCUCAUUGUGGAUGGAUUUGACCCAAAUAAUUGCACGCACUUUUAAAGCCCUAAAACCGAUUUAGUUGCUGACUGUAACCAGAUCGGUAAAACUGUGUUGGUACUGUCCAUUCAAAUACAACCAAAAUAAUUAUACUAUAUUUUUGAGCA